AUGCCUGAAAAUGUAAUUUAAUCAACAUAUUUAUUAAAGAUUAUCCAAGAAUGGGGGAAUCAUCUUAUGAACUAGUUUAACAAAAAGAAAAAACUCAAAAUUUUUGUUUUAUUGGAUUAAAAUUAAAGAUCAAUUCCAAAAUUUAAUCAUAUAGUCACUACUUCCAAUUACAAUGAAAUCAUUAUUUUAACUGAUGGCUAAACAAAGUAUUGA